AUGGCCGACGCUGGUGCUCCCUCCAACCCAGGCCAGUUGCCGCCUCCUCCUCAGGCUGGUGCUGGCGCCCCUGGCUAUGAAGCUGGUCAGAAUGGCCAGCCUAUGGCCCCUCCGCCUCUUCAUAUCCCUCAGAACACCAACCCGAUUCCGACUGCCAUCACCUCUCCCAGAUCCGCCGACAAUGGAGGCAUUAUGUCGCCCACCAGCGCAGGUGGCUUUCGUCGCGCCGCCCCUGAGCCUAACAAGCGUGCUCUCUACAUUGGUGGACUGGACCAGCGAGUGACCGAGGAAGUUCUGCGUCAAAUUUUCGAGACUACGGGUCACGUUCAGAACGUCAAGAUCAUCCCCGAUAAGAAUGCGCGUGGUUACAACUAUGGCUUUGUCGAGUACGACGACCCUGGAGCCGCUGAGCGUGCCAUGCAGACUCUCAACGGACGACGAGUUCAUCAAUCGGAAAUCCGUGUCAACUGGGCCUAUCAGUCAAACACCACGAACAAGGAGGAUACCUCGAACCACUUCCACAUCUUCGUUGGCGACCUGUCCAAUGAAGUCAACGACGAGGUCCUUCUUCAAGCCUUCUCUGCCUUUGGAUCCGUUUCUGAGGCUCGCGUUAUGUGGGAUAUGAAGACUGGCCGAUCUCGAGGCUACGGGUUUGUUGCUUUCCGUGACCGACCCGAGGCCGAGAAGGCGCUGAGCUCUAUGGAUGGCGAAUGGCUCGGCUCGCGAGCUAUCCGAUGCAACUGGGCGAACCAAAAGGGGCAACCCUCCAUGGCCCAGCAGCAGGCUAUGUCGGCGAUGGGCAUGACUCCCACCACUCCUUACGGACACCACCAAUUCCCUGCUCAUGGCGUCGCUAGUUACGAGGUCAUCUUAACCCAAACGCCCAGCUGGCAGACCACCGUCUACGUCGGAAACCUCACCCCUUACACGACUCCCAACGACGUAGUGCCUCUGUUCCAGAACUUCGGCUUCGUUGUCGAGUCUCGAUUCCAGGCUGACCGAGGAUUUGCGUUCAUCAAGAUGGACUCCCAUGAGAACGCGGCCAUGGCCAUCUGUCAGAUGAAUGGAUACAACGUCAACGGCCGCCCUCUCAAGUGUAGUUGGGGCAAGGACAAGACACCCAAUGCUCAGGGAGGCUUCGACCCUGUCCAACCUUUCAGCCCCCAGAGUGCCCAAGCUCCUGGCUUCCCGGGCACGCCUACUGGCUAUUAUCCUCAGUAUGGUGCCCAGUACGGCGGACAGCCUGGUAACUACGGUGGCCCGCAAGCUGGAUCGCCAGCGGGUUAUGCUGGCUCGCCGAUGGGAUACGCUGCCCCUCAGAGUGCUGGCGGCUACGGAAGAGGUCAGCAACCUCCUAAUGCUGAAUGGGCCCAGCCUCGCCCCGGUCAGAACUUCAACAACGGAUUUGGUGGUUAUCAGGCCUAG